AUGAGCGCAUCUUCGAGCAGUCAACCGGACACGAGUUCAAAAAGAAAACCGCAUGUCAUCAUCACGAUUGGGAUGGCAGGGGCUGGCAAGUCCACCUUCGUGCAGCGCAUCAACUCCUACCUCCACUCGCAAAAUCCUCCGCAACCGCCGUACAUCCUAAACCUCGACCCAGCGGUUACUCAUGUGCCGUUCGAAGCCAACAUCGAUAUCCGGGAUACUGUCAAUUAUAAAGAGGUCAUGAAACAGUAUAACCUGGGACCGAACGGUGGUAUUUUGACCGCCUUGAAUCUUUUUACGACAAAAUUUGACCAGGUUCUGGACUUGGUCGAGAAAAGGGCCGAGACGGUCGACCACAUAAUUCUUGAUACUCCGGGGCAAAUUGAGAUUUUUACCUGGUCAGCAUCUGGCGCCAUUAUCACAGAUGCCGUUGCUUCCUCGUUUCCCACUGUGGUGGCAUAUAUCAUUGACACCCCGCGGACGACAGCUCCUGCGACAUUCAUGUCCAACAUGCUGUAUGCCUGCAGUAUCAUGUAUAAGACAAAAUUGCCAUUCAUCCUUGUCUUUAAUAAGACUGACGCGCAGCCCCACGGAUUUGCUCUCGAAUGGAUGCAAGAUUUCGAGGCGUUCCAGGUCGCUCUUGCGUCGCAUUCAGGGUCGAGGGACUCUGAAGGUGAACCAACCUACAUGAACAGCUUGAUGAACAGCAUGAGUUUGGUUUUGGAUGAAUUUUACAAGCACCUCAAGGCUGUCGGCGUCUCAAGUACGACAGGUGACGGCAUCAAGGAAUUUUUCGAAGCGGUGGAAGAGUCUCGUGAGACAUACAGAACUGAAUACCUCCCAGAACUCGAACGCGCCCGCGCUGCACGGGAUCAAUCACUGCAGGAUGUAAAAGAGGACUCAAUAAACCGCCUCAUGAAAGAUCUUGCCGUUGAUCGUGCUGCAAAUCCCAAGGCAGCUGCAGAAGACCGCUGGGCGUCAGACGAGGAAGAUGACGAUGAUGACGAUCUAGAAGUCAACCUCAUCGAUCGGAGCGAAGAACCAUAUCCUGGUCAAUACAUCGAUGUCACACGUAUGCGACGACAAAGUGAGAAUAUAAAUUGGCCGAACCCGGGGUAA